GCAAAAGAAUUUUGCCUUGAUGAGAUCCAUGGACCAGAAGAUCAAGAAAAUGGCUCAGAAAAUUGAUUCCGAGUCAGAAGUGGUUCUCAGAAAGAAGCUGGGUGGACAAACUGCCUUGAAGGAGAUAUUGAAGAUCCAGAGGAUGUAUGAGAAGCUUCACAAGCAGCAGGAGGAAAAGGUCCAGUUGGCUGUUCAAAACUACGAAUUGGCAGACAAGCACAUCAGACACCUGGAUGCCGACCUGAGCCGAUUCGACUGCCGCGACAGCGACAAAGACAAGAAACCCUCAGCUGCCACCAGCAAAAAGAGUUCUUCCAGUAGCAAGAGCAAGAAGAAGCGAAGAGCGGAUUCGAGUUCGGACGAGAGGCCCAGCAAAACUGCGGGUUCCCCCGAACCUCCGGAACCCGGGCUCAUUCCGGGUAUUGAGUUGGCCAAGACUGCAGGGGAGGUGUUUGACAUGCCCGUGGAUCCGAAUGAGCCGACUUAUUGCCUGUGUCAGCAGGUGUCUUAUGGGGACAUGAUUGGUUGCGACAACCAGGAUUGUCCCAUUGAGUGGUUUCAUUUUCCGUGUGUGGGGUUGAAGGCGAAGCCCAAGGGCAACUGGUAUUGUCCCAAGUGCAGUGAGGAGAGGAAAAGGAAGAAGUAGUAUGUUGUGCAGGUUUUGGGGGUUUUUUUUUUUAUGGGACUGUACCUUUUUCUGGCACCUCACUGUUGCUGCUUCAAUCCUGGCAACCUCAGUUCACUUCCCCAUUGGGCUCAUCCUGUCACAAUGGAAAUAAGGUCUUUCUGAAUGCUUCUGUGACAUCAUGAAGAUGUCACCUCUAUCCUAGAAAAUGCUUAAGGUGCUUAGCCACAUUUUGUGGGAAUCAUGUUCAAAAUUUUAGAAAGAUUUAAAAACAUUUGAAUGUUGGUUACAUUUUCAAAGUCAUCUGGUAUUCUAACUGGGCUGUAGCUUAAGAGCUAACUUGUAUACAUAUUUUCCAGAAAAUAGCAAUACAGUAAUUAAAGAGGGUUGCUGUCUUGCUAAAGGUCCACGGAUAAUCUUGUACUUGUGCUUGAUCUAUCUGGAGUGGAAUCCUGAAAAUGCAAAUAAAUUAAUCCUCAGACUGGCUGUUGUCUUAAGAUUUGUGGAAUAUCAUACUGAUUUUGUCUCAACCAAUGGUAUCUUAUUUAAUCUCCCUCUGGAAAAGAAAACCUUGCAUGUCUGCUUUUCUUUUAAUAUUUUGAUGGAAGAUUUAUCAUUUUGCUGGAAGUGGGGUUGCCAUUUUUGAAGGGGUAAACGUGCAUUAUGGGUGAAGCAAAAGGAAAACCCAGUUUUUCAAAUCCAAAUGAAUGUGCUCUGUGUGUGUUCGAGAUUGAUUUAAAUCGCUGACAAUCAUUUAUUCCAUUUCGGCGAGAAUCUAUUUGAUGUGUAUUGUUGAGUGUAUUGAAGACCUUACCAAAAAAAAAAGUCCUUCUCGAAGUGAGCUGUUGUUUUAAAAAUGUGAUAGUAAAGAUUUUUUUUGUGGAGCGAUUGAAAAGAUAAAUGUCAUGAAAUAAGGCCGUUACUCUUGACCUUAAUGUGACCUCCGUUUCAUUUCUUUUUUUAUUUUUCCGUCCAUUUGAUUUGUGCGUUUUUUGACUAUGGGCCCCCGGAAGACAGCCUUGGACCACGCCUGAUUCUAGAUUCCGGUUUCGAAUUGUUUCAAUCCGAAUAGGAGUUCAUUCCACGCUGGAGAAUGUUGGGCGUGGUUUUGUGGUUGUCUCGCCUGCUGUGCCUGGCGGCGGAAAAGUCGCACUCUUCCUGGAUUUUUUUUCACGAUUUGCAAACAUGGAAUGUGGUACUGUUUUUUGACGGCACUUUUUUUCAGAUAUAGAUGGUGUUUGGAGAAGAAACGUCAGCAAAUGAA